UAUCUUGUCUCGACUCAAGUGCGUGGACAAACGUCUAUCUUUCCACUUCCUACAUAACAUAACUUUCUUGAGCAAUCUGUGUAUAUAUAUAUAGAGAGACAGACAUUGGUUUCUCCCAAGUUCAUCAAUUCUGUACCAAGGACAAGCUGGCAACAUGGGCUCUACUGUACAUGUGAUUGAUAUUCAAGCUGGAGGAGAGGGUGCUUCCGUCAAAGAGAAAAGUGAAGUUCAAGCUUCACUUUUAGCCAUCAUUUCCUUUCUUAGAGAAAAGAAAAGCAAGUAUGACAUGAGAAAAUUUAUCCAUAGUUUUAAGGUUGGAGUUGCUCUUGUCUUCGUUUCUCUUCUCUUCUUUCUUGAUCCAUUAUAUAAGGAGGUUGGAGAUGAUAAUGCUAUGUGGGCUAUAAUGACUGUUGUUGUCAUCUUUGAAUUCUACGCAGGUGCUACUCUUGGCAAGGGCUUGAAUCGUGGAAUGGGAACUAUAGCAGGCGGUGCAUUAGGAUGCUUAGUAUCAACUUUAGGCCAUCAAGUUGGUGGAAUCGGAAACUCCAUUAUUAUUGGAACUUCUGUAUUAAUUUUUGGUGGAGCAGCAACAUAUUGCAGAUUGACACCAAGCAUCAAGAAAAGAUAUGACUAUGGAGCAAUGAUAUUUAUACUCACAUUCAGUCUUGUUGCGGUAUCUGGGUUGCGUUUUGAGAAGGUCAUCGAAAUAGCUCGAGAAAGGCUGCUGAUGAUAGUUUUAGGUUUUGUCAUUUGCAUUUUCACUAGCUUGUUCAUAUAUCCCAUAUGGGCUAGUGACGAGCUUCAUGAUUCUUUGAUCUCCAAAUUCAAUGCCCUUGCCACCUCCAUUGAAGGAUGUUCGGAAGAAUAUUUUACAUUCGACAGUGAUGAAAUGGAAGAUCAGCCAGUAGUCCAGCCAAUUGCCAACUUCAAUUCUUGCAAAUCUGUGCUCAACUCCAAGACCAAGGAUGAAUCCCUGGCGAAUUUCGCAAAAUGGGAACCAUGGCAUGGUAAAUUCGGGCUCUCCUAUCCCUGGGAUAAAUACCUGAAGAUAGGAGAGAUUCUUAGAGAGUUGGCCGCAACCAUCCUUUCACUUAAAGGUUGUCUUCAGACUCCUAGAGAGCCAUUGCAAGCUCUAAGACAUUCAAUCAAAGAACCUUGUGAAGAAGUUGGGUCAUCACUAGCAUGGACAUUAAAGGAGCUUGGAGAAAGCAUAAAGAAAAUGAGAAAAUGCAAGGCAGAGACUCUGAUAGUACCAAAGUUGAAAUCAAUGAGAGUAGUGCUGAGUCAGAUGGUAACUCCUUCAAAGUUAGCACAAGUAGAGAAUGCAGCAGAUGGACUGGAAAUAGCAAGCUUUGUGUUCUCAUUGAUGGACAUGGUAGACAAGUUGGAAAAAUUGGCGAAGGAGGUAAAAGAACUUGGAGAAGUUGCUUAUUUCCGUCAAAGCUAAUGAUAAGUUUGCUAAAUAAAGAAUAUGACCAAAUUGUACUGUGAUGAACCAAACCAUUUGCCCAUUUUUAGCUUGGCCAAUGGCCGCUCCCACUAUGCAUGUAUACGGAUAUAUAUGCGAAAAAGAAGAAACCUAUAAGCAAGAAGAAAUUGACAGUCUUUUUGAGAAAUCAUACAUGGUGAUUUAAACGUGUAAGUUUUUAGCCAAUGCAAUUGAUGCAUAUAAUUUAUUUACUUCUUUUCUAAGGAAAAGAUUUGAGGAAAA